CAAAGCUGGUUUGGUUUUCGGUUUCAGCUCUGCUUAAACCGAAAACCCACUAUACACACAACCUUAAAAUGCGUCUCCCUCCAUCCCCUCCGCCCGCUUUUCCCACCCCUCAGCUGCUUUGUGUUCCUGCUUCUCAUGAACCUAUGUCUAGUCUUUCCAGUUGUGUGGUUCUGUAGGUUGGUGGUUUUGGUGGGAUGGAUUUCGGGAUGGUGGGUUUGAAUGGUUUUGUAAGCUCUGAAAAUGGUUUUAAUCCCCAGGUUUCGGAAACCAGGCAAAAGGGGUAUGGAUCUGGGUUCCUUAAGCAAGAGAGAUCUGGGCUUGCGGAAGAUGAUUGGAGAAGCUUGAAAAUGGCCAGAACUGAUGAUUUAUCGGCCUCGAAACCAAUGCUGCUCCACCAGAGGACUCCUACACUGCUGAGAUCCAAUUUCCUGUUCCCUGACGGUCACCACCAGCCGCAGAUGCUGAGUUUCUCUUCGUCCAAAUCAGAAGCCCUGCUAUCAAGUAACGAUGUUGCAUUUGCGGAGAGGGGUUUACCAAAUGCAGCUUUUCCUUACUAUCUCAAUCCAUCGUCUUCUUAUACCAGGAGUACAGGAUUGGGCUCUGGUAGCUUGAAUACAAGCAUGCAUGGGAUUUUAACAGGGGUUAGAGGGCCAUUCACUCCAUCUCAGUGGAUGGAGCUGGAACACCAGGCCUUGAUCUACAAGUACAUCACCGCGAACGUGCCUAUACCCUCUAAUCUUCUUAUCCCCAUCAGGAAAGCUCUCAACCCGUCGGGGUAUACUUGCUUGUCUGCCGGAUCCCUGAGACCCAAUACAUUGGGAUGGGGUUCUUUCCAUCUGGGUUUCUCCGGGAACACUGAUCCCGAGCCUGGGAGGUGUCGUCGGACGGAUGGGAAGAAAUGGCGGUGCUCUAGAGAUGCAGUUGCCGAUCAGAAGUACUGUGAGCGGCACAUGAACCGGGGCCGCCAUCGUUCAAGAAAGCCUGUGGAAGGCCAGACUGGCCAUGCAGUCUCCGGACCCGUCAAAACUAAGGUGAUGCCAAUGGCUUCCUCAUCAUCUGCUUCGGCAAUUUCUGUUGACGGUGCAUCCAACAGCCUCACCAUGGCGCAGCACCACCAGAUCAAGAACUUACAACCAGGUGCUGCUGCUGCUGCUAACCCUUCUGCUGUCCCUCUAAUCAACAGAGCCUUGCCUCCUUACAAAGAAAAUUUGGGUGAUCAUCGAAUGCAAGAUCCGCAGGGUUUGUCUAUGCUUUCCCCUACCAAGAACCUGAAUCUCAAAGAUACUCUGUUCUCCGUUCCAAGACAACAAAAUCCAUUUGAGUAUUCCUCCCACUCCCACUCCCACUCCCGAGCAGAGUUUGGACUACUUUCCUCUAAUUCUCUACUCAACUCUGCGCGGAGAGGAGGUGGUUCAGAUUCCCACGUGAGCAGCAGUAGAAACUUUGGUUCUUCUUCUUCCACUGACCUCAAUGAUCGGGAUCCCCAAGCGCAACAACAUCAUCCGCUUCGCCACUUCAUUGACGACUGGCCCGGGAAUAGGUCAGAUAGGUCAACUGUUGCUGCAUGGCCGGAAUUGGAAGAAAUCCAGUCAGACCGAACCCAAUUAUCGAUAUCAAUCCCAGUGUCUUCAUCCGAUUUCUCAUCAUCAUCAUCGCCUUCGCCCACGCCCACCCAGGAAAAACUCAACCUGUCCCCGCUGAGGCUGUCACGUGAGUUUGAUGACCCAAUCCAGAUGGGUUUAGGAGUGGGUAGUAUACUGAAUGAGCCAACCAUGGCUACCCAGAGACAUAUGAACUGGAUACCCAUCCCUUGGGAAACUUCCAUGGGGGGACCUCUUGCGGAGGUCCUCAAAAACACCAAUAACAACAACAACAACAGCAACAGGAGAACUACUAGUACUACUAGUGCUACUUCAGCUGCAGGGGACCGCAAGGGCUCCCCUGUAUCAGCUCUUAACCUCAUGACAGAAACUUGGGACGGGAGUCCUCGGUUGGGAUCGUCUCCGACUGGGGUCUUACAGAAGGCCACCUUUGGUUCCCUUUCUAACAGUAGCUCAGGGAGUAGCCCAAGAGCUGAGAACAGCAAGACUCACGAUGGGUUUAGCCUGUGUGAUGAUCUCGUCGGCUCAACUCUUGUAAAUUCCUCCUCCAUCCAUUCCCUGUAAGCUUAGCAUUUUAUCUCGAAUCCCGACUCCUGCUAGUGAGACUUAGAUUUGGGAGUAGCAGUGGGUGGUGGAAGUUAAGUUGAGCGUGGGUCUCU